UUUCUCCCUUGUAUCCGCGUUACACCCUAUAUUUUCUCCACCCCCCUUUCACUUUCUCUCUCUACACUCCAUUUUCGCCCCCCCCAAAAAAAAAAAAAAAAAAAAAAAGUAUUUUUCUGAGCUGUACGUAUAGCUGUUGUUGUUGUUGUUGUUAUUUGUUCCAUUUGUCCUUCACCGAUCAGUAAGUUGAGGAGAUAGGGCUUUGAUUGCUGUUUUUUUGUGAAGAGAUGGCGAACCGAAGGGAGGAUGAGAAGAAUGAAAGAACUAUACGGAAUCUGCUAAAGCUUCCUGACAAUCGACGAUGUAUAAACUGUAAUAGUUUGGGGCCACAAUAUGUUUGCACGAAUUUCUGGACAUUUGUUUGCACAACAUGCAGUGGUUUACAUCGGGAGUUCACCCAUAGAGUGAAGUCAGUAUCCAUGGCUAAAUUCACCUCACAAGAAGUUAGUGCCCUUCAAGGAGGAGGAAAUGCGAGUGCAAAGGAAAUAUAUCUGAAGGACUGGGACCCACAGCGUAAUUCUCUCCCAGAUGGCAGUAAUGUAGAGAGGCUUCGUGAUUUUAUUAAGCAUGUGUAUGUGGAUAGAAGAUACUCUGGUGAAAGGAACUUUGAGAAGCCACCAAGGGGAAAGAUGGCUGAAGCUGAGAAUUUAAACGAGAACAGGAAGACAGAUACCUACCAGGGUGGCUCUCGAAGCCCACCAAAUGAGGAAGUAUAUGAGCGUCGAUACAGCGACAGGCCUAGUCCUGGUGGGAGAAGUAGUGGUGGAAGAAGUCCUGGAUUUGAUCAAAAAAGUCCUGCCCGUGCUGAAGUAAUCAAUGACUGGCGACGUGAGGAUAGAUUUGGGAAUGGAAGGAGAUCUGACGAUGGUCGAAUUUCUGAUGGAGGUUCCAAGUUUGAAAGCCUGUCACCUGACCGUCAAAGCGACCUUGACACAUCCAGUCCCCCAAUGGUUCGACCUGUUAGAGAGAUUCUUGGAGAUAGUGUAUCUCCCCUUCGAGUUAUUGAACCUCCGAAAACCAAUGGUGGUAGGUCUGCUGCUGAUAGUUCCAUGCGAACCCAGAGGACUGCAUCUUCCAGUAGUUUGGCGUCCUCCAACGGGAACCCUGUUGAACUUAAGAAAGAAACCUCUUUAAUCGAUUUUGAUGAUGUUCCUGAACCCCCAGCUUCUGCUCCGGCACCACAAAUACAACAAUCUGCUACAGUCAUCCCUGUUGCACAACCAACAAAACCUGCUGCUGACAACUGGGCGAAUUUUGAUUCAUUUGCAGAGGUAAAAGCAUCUCCAGCUCCUUCAAACACCAAUCUACUGGAUGUACUCUCAGAGUUGGCUGCUCCAGCAACUGCAACUGCUCCUUCAGGAAGUCCUGGUGGUAGUGCAGCUCCAUUCACUCCCUUCAGUAGUUUUGCUCCUGGAGCUGCAACGAUGGACAACUCAGCAGCAUUUCCUCUUGGUGGUGCUCUGGCUGCACCCACUGGACCGACAUCAAUACUGCCGGUUAGUGGUGGUAAUGCCUUUGCAAAUACUUCCGGUCGACACUGGUCUAAUAUGCAACCUCAGCAGACUUCCUUGUUUCCUACGACUGGCCCACAGGCUAUACCACAGCUUUCUACUCCAGCUGCUGGUGGACCUUCUGGCAAUCAGCAAUGGAAUUCUUCAGUUGCCCCGAGCACACUUGGUUAUCCUAGUUCAGCAACUGCACAAGUGCCUCAAGCUGUAAACCUUGUCCUUCAGGAAGCCACUUCUGCAGUUGCAUCUCAAGCUUCUUCUGUCGAAAUCAAAUCUAUCGGAAGAAAAGAACUGCCUGCGGAUUUGUUUGCUGUAAAUUAUUCUUCAAUCCCUGGAGCUUAUCCAGGCUGGCAUACUGGUCCACAUCAUGGCUAUGGGUACGCGGUGCAAUACAACAUGUCAAUGGCUACAAAUGCUCUGCCACAGCCAUCAAAAUCAACAAAUCCUUUUGAUGCCAUAAAUGAGCCACCUGUACAAGCCCCAACGUUUCCAUCAAUGGCAUCAUUACAAGGUGCACUACCAAACAUGGCAGCUCCAACUGGAUUGGUGCGUACAUCCAGCCUCGGUGCCCCAACUUUUCAUCCUCCUGCCAUGCCUCAGCAAGCACCAUCUUAUGCAUCGCCGAUUCCACAAGGCUCAUACAUGGGGCAUCAAGUAGCUGGUAGCAUGCCACAGAGGCCGCCAGGAGUAGCAAGUUUUGGCUUUGAUGGGUUUGGAGCUCUGAACUCGAAUCAACAGCAGGGUGGAUUAUAUUCUGCACCACCACCUACCCAGAACACCUUCUCUUCUCCCGCAGGAAACCCAUUUGGAUAAGGAAAAUUCAUUUCUAAUGUGAUUGGCUUUGAGCAUCGUCUUGUCGUUUCCUCUGGAAACAUCGAGUCACGUUAUAUUCGUAGCUGUUUGCUGUAGAAUAUUUAUGAUCGAGACGUUCCCAAGGGUUAUGGCAUUCAUCACCGAGCAUCGGAUCCUCUUUUACUGUGCUGCUGCCAAAAAGAACUGUAAUUAGAUGCUGGAAGAGGAGCUAAAGGAUUUAUCAAUGAGUGGAACCUUCACUGCGAGACAUAUCUAUUAUGUGCAUUUUGCCUGCUGCACCUUAAGAUGUGUAUUAUUCUUUCUUUCUUUUUUUUCCUUCUUUUCGUCAUAUUAUUUAUUAAUCUUCUUUUUUCAUCCCUCCCCUCUUGCCCUGAAGUUGUAUUGUUUAACUUAUUUUGGUUUUUGUUAGUAUUGUUGUGAUCAGUGUUUCCAGUGUAGAACUUUGGCUGUAUUGUACAGUUUGUAUUACUAGUACGAUAGGAUUUAAUGUAAUAUCUGCAUUCUUUCUUCUUUUA